AUGCUAGAGUUUUCGAUCACAAAGAUAUUAAAUACUUUGCUGCUAGAAAAUGAUACUUCUGAUGCUGGAGGUCGUGGCGGGUCUUCAGAAACCUUUCAUAAUCCCGCUUCGGUACGAGCUGCAGCAGCUGUUCUUGCCCUUUUAGCCACAGCGUUAUCAAUAUUCUCAGUUUGGUCUCACCUCAAGCAUUAUAGAAAACCGUCCCUACAAAGAUAUGUAGUGAGAAUAAUUAUAAUGGUGCCGAUUUACUCAAUAUCAUCGUAUAUAAGUUUGGCAUCAACUAAUGCAGCAUUAUACGUUGACGGUAUAAGAGAUAUGUAUGAGGCAUUUGUAAUUUAUUGUUUUUUCAACUUACUUGUGAAUUACUUGGAUGGUGAAAGAUCAUUGUUGAUCUUAUUACAUGGACGCCCCCCAACGCCUCAUCUUUUCCCUAUCAAUAUAUUUGUAAAGAAUAUGGAUAUUGGAGAUCCUUACGCUUUCUUGUUUGUUAAGCGUGGGAUUAUUCAAUAUGUUUAUUUGAAACCGAUACUGACAGUUAUCACAAUGAUAUUAAAGUGGAAUGAAACUUACGAAGACGGUCAUAUCGAAUUUAAAGAUGGAUACAUAUGGAUUAAUUUGAUAUAUAAUGUUAGCUGCUCGUUAUGUUUUUACUGUUUAAUCAUUUUCUAUGUUUGUACAAAGGAAGACUUGAUGCCAUAUCGACCUAUGCCAAAAUUCCUAUGUGUAAAAGCAGUUAUUUUCUUUUCGUUUUGGCAAGGCUUCACACUUUCAAUACUGGUAUCUUUAGGAAUUAUUCAUACUGACAAGGGAUCGGAAGAGACAGAGAGUUUAUCGGUUUCAAUUCAGGAUUUCUUAAUUACAAUUGAAAUGGUGUUUGCAUCUUUGGCUCAUUAUUACGCAUUUUCUUAUAAAGAUUAUAUUGAUUCAAGCGUCCGAUCAGGUCGUAUGCCAAUUAAAUAUGCAUUCAAAGAUUGCAUGGGCUUUAGAGAUGUAAUUGAAGAUACUUUACAAACAAUACGAGGUUCACGAUUUACUUAUCGAACUUUUGAACCUGCUGAAGGCAUAGCGCAUAUCGGGCCUAGCCGGACUGCAAGGAUUAUGGCCGGUCUAAGAUUUACGGGCGGUGGUGCUGGAAAAUAUUGGCUUCCCGGACCUAAUCAACGAACGACACUGUUAUCAGGACGGAGCGACGAUGAUAAAAGGAGUCUAAAUUUUCCUGAUCCAGAUACGGAUGAUGAGAUUGAGGCAAUGUAUGAUCAUAGCAGGAAAAUAGGAAAAUUUGGAGACUACAAUUUCCCAGUAAUAUAUUCGAAUGAUUAUUCUAAUCGACCAGUAAAACCAAAAAGAAAGCGUACCAUGUCUAAAAGGAAACGAAAGGGCAAGGGCAGGGCUCAAGAUAUUUUUGAUGCAGAAGAUAAAUCAGAGGAGGAUGUUGAAAGUGGAUUAAGUAUAAAGUCCGAAAGAAAAGAACGACAAUUAAGCGAUCUUCCACCAUUCAGAGAAGGAUGUGUUGAUCUCGUUAAAGAAGUUCCUGAUGGACAUGGAAAGCGCUAUGAGAGUUAUGCUAAUAGGAUAGGAACCUCGCUUCCCGCUUCGUCAUCAAAACCUUUAAUAACACAGCCAUAUGUAUCUGCAUCAAUGAGAGAUCCAUUUAUCCAAAUGCCAACUUCUUAUAAUAAUACUGCACUCCAAAUUAAAGGAAUUACUGCACAUGAGGAAUCUGAAUCAGAUGAUGAUGAAAAUUAUGACCCUCUUCGUGCAAAUCGUGAAAAUUAUCUUAGCACGUCAAUAAAAUCAUUGGAGAAGAAUAUUUGGAGUGAUGAUAUCUGGAAAUAA